AUGCCAGUCACUCAGCCAUCCCAGCUCAAGCCGGGCCAAUUAGUUUCCAUCGUCCUCAAAGCCGACCAAAGGACAGGACGACAAGUCCAGGGCACCGUCUCCCAACUGCUCACCCGCCACAAUCACCCUCGCGGGAUCAAGGUCAAACUGACCGACGGCCGUGUUGGGAGAGUCCAACAGAUUCUCACGCAGUCACAGCCUCUUCCGAGUAGCAGAAUGUCGUCGAAUAACAACCCCUGGGCAAACGCCGAAAGCCAGGGAAAUCCUUACGUCUCUCAUGCCUCGGAACAGCAGAACCAAGGCAGCGCCGGCGCAGCACAGUCCUACUACCAGUCCUCCCAUCCUUCGCAGAAUCAGCCACAGCAGUAUCAGCACCAGUCGUCCACGCCGGCGCAAGGGAUCAAUCGCUCCGACACCGAACAGCUGCUGGCGCAGCAGAGCGACCGGGCAGAGCAGGUCGAGCACAUGCAGCAGUACGAAGCGAAUGCUCGUCAGACAGAAGACGACAGGAUUCAAGCGCAGCUCCAGAAGGAGUUUCCGAACAUUGACAGCAGUCUGAUAGCUGCCAUCUACAACGAGAGGAAGGGGCAGGGCGAUCUAGGCGAGGUCCGGGAGUUGUUGCAAGAGUUGAAUACCACCUGA